AUGAAAAUAUCUACAUGUCCUAUUCUAUUGAUAGCGGUAUUAAUACUAUCAUGUGGAAAAUCUAUUUCUUCGGAGAAUAAGAUUUUAUCUAUAUCUGAUGGACUUUCAUUUGGUUUUUGUCGUAAUUAUUGUCGCCGAUCAAUAAAUAUAACAUCAAUUCCAAAUCAAUUAGUUGCUUUGAAAGAACCAAACUUUCCUCAAGAUGCUUAUCCACCUUUGAAAAAAAUUUACCCUUUUCCUUUAAACCAAUGGCAAGAAUUGAUUAGUUUUAUCGAUGCUGAAGGUUUUCAAUCAUUAGAUGAUCGUAUUGGAUGUCCUGAUUGUGCAGAUGGUGGAGCUGAAUGGAUUGAAAUACAAUGGACAGAUCGAAGUAAACGAGUUACAUUCGAAAAUGGAGCUUUAAUAAAAGGUUAUGAAGGUCUUGUUGUUCAAUUAAGAGAUAUCAGAAAUAAAUAUACUGAAAAUCUUUAA